AUGUCCUCACAGUCACGAACGUGGCUCAUCACAGGCACAUCCUCUGGCCUGGGCCUUGAGCUGGUCCGUAUCGCUUUGCGCCAUGGAGACCGAGUCAUUGCAACAUCCCGCAACCCAGAAAGGAUCCCAGCCAUUGACUCAGACCGGUUUCAUACUCUCCAGCUGGACCAGAAUCAGCCACUGGAAGAUAUCAAAGCUCGCAUUGACAAUUUUAUGGCCGCUUUUGGUGGCCAAAUAGAUAUCGUCGUCAAUAAUGCCGCUAAGAGUUAA